UGGGACAGCUGGCUCUGAUUGUCACACUCCUUCCACUUUGAUCUACUACCCACAUUCAGAGGAGAGAAACCAAGUUUCUCCUCCAUGAAGCAGGUCUACAGCUGUGUGGGAAGCUAUAACUUUAGAAAAUUGUGGGAAUCAUAAGGAGGAGAAACUCAGUCACAAUCCCUGGAACACAGAAACUGUAUUUUUAAUAGCCUCAGUCAAGUAAAUGACAUUGUGAUCAAAUGACUUCCCACAGAAGCAAGAAGGAGUAGGUGGCUGGGAAGGACCUCCCUCACAGAAGCCCUGUUAUUAUAUCUCCAAGCCUGGACUCGAUGCUGGAUUAAUCUGCAUGGAAAUCCCUAGUGCUAAAACACCCAACAACACUGAUGCUAGUUAGCUCUUGUCACCAUGGUGAUGUUACUUUGUGCUAAGUAUUUUCAACGACUAGCAAUUCCUGGUCCUCUGAGAGUCUUGUAUAAAGAUUACGGAACAGUGACCCCUCAAAACUUUUCCAACUAUGAGUCUAUGAAACGGGACUUCAAAUUAGAGAUCCCAGAGUAUUUCAAUUUUGCAAAAGACGUCCUGGACCAAUGGAGCAGUGUGGAAAAGGCUGGACAGAGACUUUGCAACCCAGCCUUCUGGUGGAUAGAUGGAAAUGGAAGAGAAGUGAGAUGGGGUUUUGAAGAACUCGGAUAUUUAUCCAGGAAGUUUGCCAACAUACUCACAGAAGCCUGUUCCUUGCAAAGGGGAGACAGAGUAAUGUUGAUUCUGCCCAAGAUCCCAGAGUGGUGGCUUGCGAAUGUGGCCUGUCUGCGAACAGGGACAGUUUUAAUUCCAGGAACAACUCAGCUGACCCAGAAAGACAUCCUCUACCGACUACAGUCUUCAAAAGUGAAAUGCAUUAUUACAGAUGAUGCUUUAGCUCCAGCAGUAGACACUGUGGCAGCUAAAUGUGAAAAUCUCAGCUCCAAACUAAUUGUGUCCCAGCACUCCAGAGAAGGGUGGGGGAAUCUCAAGGAGAUGAUGAAAUAUGCCAGUGACAACCAUACCUGUGUGAACACAAAGCACAAUGAAAUGAUGGCCAUUUACUUCACCAGUGGGACAACUGGGCCUCCAAAGAUGAUUGGACACACCCACAGCAGUUUUGGCUUAGGAUUAUCCGUCAACGGAAGGUUCUGGCUGGAUUUGACAAACUCGGAUGUGAUGUGGAAUACUUCAGACACAGGCUGGGCGAAGUCUUCGUGGAGCAGUGUUUUUUCUCCAUGGACUCAAGGAGCAUGUGUGUUCGUACACCAUUUGCCCCGUUUUGAGUCAACUUCCAUCUUGCAAACCCUGUCCAAGUUCCCCAUCACUGUCUUCUGUUCUGCACCAACUGCCUACCGAAUGCUUGUCCAGAGUGAUACAGCCAGAAGCUAUAAGUUCAAAAGUUUGCAGCACUGUGUGAGUGCUGGGGAACCUAUCAACCCUGAAGUGAUGGAACAAUGGAGAAGGAAGACAGGCCUAGACAUCUACGAAGGAUACGGACAGACAGAAACGGUGCUGAUCUGUGGAAAUUUCAAGGGGAUGAAAAUUAAGCCUGGUUCCAUGGGAAAGCCUUCUCCUGCUUUUAAUGUGAAGAUUUUAGAUGAAAAUGGCGUUAUUCUUCCUCCUGGACAAGAAGGGGAUAUUGGUAUUCAAGUUCUUCCUGAUCGACCACUUGGCCUUUUUACUCAUUAUGUAGAUAAUCCUUCUAAAACAACCUCAACUCUACGAGGGAAUUUCUAUGUCACUGGGGACAGAGGAUAUAUGGACGAAGAUGGCUAUUUCUGGUUUGUUGCAAGAUCAGACGAUAUUAUAUUAUCCUCUGGCUACAGAAUUGGACCAUUUGAGGUAGAAAGUGCCCUGAUAGAGCACCCUUCCAUUGCAGAGUCAGCUGUUGUCAGCAGCCCAGACCCCAUCAGAGGAGAGGUAGUAAAGGCUUUUAUUGUUCUGAAUGCUGAUUACAAGUCACAUGAUCAAGAACAACUGAAAAAGGAGAUUCAGGAGCAUGUGAAAAAGACUACAGCACCUUACAAAUAUCCCAGAAAGGUUGAAUUUAUCGAAGAGUUGCCAAAGACUGUCAGUGGAAAGGUCAAAAGAAGUGAACUGAGAAAAAAAGAAUGGCAAACUGCUUAACUCAUCCACUAAUCACUCAAAUAUCUAAACAAGGCAGUGUUUAAGUCUGCAGGAAACACAGGUUAUAUGGGCAGAUUGCUUCUGAAUUGGAUUUAAAGCAUUUUGUUUGUUUUUUCGAGACAGGGUUUCUCUAUGUAACUUUGUAGACCAGGCUGGUCUCAAAAUAACAAAGAUCCACCUGCCUCUGCCUCCCAAGCGCUGGGAUUAAAGGUGGGCGCCACCACCACCCAGCUGGAUUUACAGUAUUUUGUAGUAAAGACGUCAGAGGCUGAAUUCUGAAGUCAAAUAGUGAAUUCUGCUUUUAUGCCAAUGUUCGUGUAAUUUGGCAACAUAAAACGAAUGUCAUCAGCUUGCUGAGACGUUUAGAGGAGCAGUUUCUAAACCAAAUAUCUGCCCCACUGGUUUUCAAAACCUAACUGAAUAAUUCUAAUAUUAGUAUACAAAUCAGACAAAUCUUCAAGCUUUGAAAACCUAAGUAACUUGUUUUUAGAAAAUUGUCCUAAUUCUUAGAAUAUUUACCUAAAAAUUGAGUGAAGGUUUUAUUAGUCAUAUUUUUAUUCACGUAAUUUAAAAAUAGUUUGAAAUUUGCUUCAAGGUCUAGUUAUAAGAGACAGCUGCCAUGUGAUAUGGCUACUUUGUAAAUUUAACCUAAUAAAUAUGGCUUAUAAAAGUA